UUAAGGGGGUCAUCGUAUUUCUUUUUCUUUUCUUAGUCGUUAUUUUUUUUAAAAAAAAAGAGAAAAAAUUCAAAAGUAAAAGAAAAUUAUCAAAUUUUCGCUAUUUAUAAAAAUAUCGUACAAAUAUUAAAUACUUAAAUCUUAUUUUCCAAAAGUUACUAUGUUUGGUGGUGGUAACAACUAUAACGCAAGAGCAAACUUCAACCGUGGUGGACGCGGCGGACGCGGUGGUGAAAGAGGAAGCUUUCGUGAAGUACGUGGUGGUGGAAGAGGAAGCUUUCGUGAAGUACGUGGUGGUGGAAGAGGAAGCUUCCGUGAAGUACGUGGUGGUGGAAGAGGAAGCUUUCGGGAAGUACGUGGUGGUGGAAGAGGUCAUGAUACGCCAAGACUUAGUAUUCCUGAAAGAAAGAAAUUGCAACAAAAAACUGCCAUUGAAAAUUUUAGUCCCCCUAAUUUAGCACAUGAAGGUAGUGACAAAUUAGUGUUUAUUGUUAAUGGAGAACCGAUUACUACCGUUUGGAAAAAAAAAUUGUUGAAAACCCCUUGGCAUCAAAAUGAUGUUAGAAUUUUCAUUUCUUCAGCAUUAGUAGCAACUGAUUCUCAAAAAGCCGGAGAAUUAGUAACGGAAUUAGGUAAUGAUAAUGGUCUAGAGAGAUUAAGAGAAAUAAUGAAUUUCCCUAUGUCAUGUGAUGCGGGACUUGAUGAUAGAAAAUUAUCCUUUCAAUAUGUUAUAUUACCUUUUUUGGGGUUACUGACAAAAACUGAUAUUACUAAGUGCAUUUUGAAAUAUGUUGACGCAAUAUUUAUGCUUAUUUAUAAAAAUCUCGACUCGUUCUUUCAUAAGAAAGUGAUGAAAAUGUUGGAAACGCUUGUUUCACGUAAUUAUAUCGUAGAUAAUAAGGUUAAUGUGGAUAGAUUAUUUAUCGAGGAACCAUAUUCAUUCAUUCCACCUUCUCUAGGAAUAUUUUUUUUGAUAAUUGUACGACUUCUUACAGAGUUAUUACGUCGUAUUAAAGAGGCAUCCACUAAUGAGACAAUGCAUAAUAUUGUUCACUAUUUACAAGACUUAACGGCUAAAUAUAAACGAUCACUUGAAAGGCCGCUCAUUUCAAGAGACCCAUUAAUUGAUAAUUUGGAGAUCAGGAAAUAUUUUUUCGCGAUACUAGAUAAUGAAAUGAAUAUUAUGAUUGAAAUGUUUAAUACUGAACAUAUUUCGGAAACUUCCAAUGUACCUGAUGAAUCUUCUAAUGAUGAUGAAAAAAGACAUGAUAAUGAUUUUGAAAAUAUUUCAAACAUAUCAAUUAUUCCUACAGAAGAAGAAAUAUUAUGUGAUCAACCUCCUAAUUUACCUUCACUUUUUGACGAACGUCACACUUUGCCAAAUGGAGCGGCUAAAUUACUUGAUAGACAAUUUCGCCUUUUAAGAGAAGACAUGUUAAAUCCAAUUCGUGGUGGAAUAUCAAAUUUUUUGACUUUAUUAUCCAAAAAUUAUUAUUUCACUUUAAAUAAUAAUGGUAGAUUAUCUAAUGAGUUGGAGAAUGUACUAAAUAGAGGAGGUAAAUAUACUUAUAAUAAAGGUGCAAAUGAUAAUGGCGAUUUACAAGUAUAUGCAAAUAUAGAAUUUGUUAAUGUUGCUUGUGAUAGAUGGAAUGGUUUGUUUUGUACUCUAAAAUUUAUUCCAACUCAUAAUUCAACAAAUAUAAGGAAAAUAAGAGAAUAUUGGCGAAACAGUAAAAGAUUAAAACCUGGUAAUCUCGUUGCUCUUUUAUUACCAAAUCCGAAUUCCGAACGUGAUUUUAAUUUAUAUUCAAUUUAUUUCGGUGUAAUCAUGUCAAGAGAUGAAAUGACAGAAGAUGAACGUAUUAGAAUACAUAUCAAUUUUAAUGACCUAUCAAUUUAUCCUAUUGCAUUAAAUGAAAUUUCAAAACUUCGUAAUUCAACCACAAAAAAUAAUUCAAAAAAUUCGAACGAAGUAAAAAGUUACAUGGUAGAAUCAACUAAUAUUUAUUAUGAAGCUUAUCGUCAUGUUCUUACAACACUUCAAACUACCAAGCCUUCUUCUCUCCCCUUUAAACAAUAUUUAGCUCCUGAACUUGAUUUCUGUUCAGAGAGCAUUCAUGUUAAUGUUAACCCUCCAAAGUAUACUAGAGCACCAGGAUUUCAAUUUGAUUUAUCAGCUUUAUGCGAUAACAAACAGAAUUUAACAUUAAAUGUCGCUAAUACGCAUACUUAUGAUGACGUAGCAAAGAAAAUUAAUGCAUAUAGUAUAUUGGAUGAAUCUCAAGCUAAAGCAGUGAUUUCUGCUUUAACGCGCGAAAUUGCACUAAUUGAAGGACCACCUGGUACCGGUAAAACUGUAGUUGGUAUUGAAAUAAUGAAAGUAUUAUUGGCCGAAAAUAAUCGAGCAAAUAUUGGUCCUAUUCUCACCAUUUGUUUUACUAAUCAUGCUCUUGAUCAGUUCUUGGAGCAUUUACUUGAUAAAAAUAUAACAAAAAAUAUAGUGAGAUUGGGUACUCGAACAAAAUCUGAUAAAGUUAAAAAUUUUAUGCUAGGUAAAGUUAAACCUAAAAAUAGUAAUAUCCCAAUAUUAUUUCAAAAAUUAGAAAAUAUUGAAGAAGAAGUUCAGGAUAUAAAAACAUAUUAUAAAAGUCGCAUAAUAUGGAAUGACGUAUCUGAAUAUCUAAAGGAUACUCAGAGAGAUUUUUAUAAUAAAUUUAGUAAUGUAACUCAUAUUGAUUUACCUAGUUGGGUCUUGGGAGCAAAUAUUAUUGAAGAAAUUGAUGAAGAUUCUGAAACUGAAGAGAGUAGUGAUGAAGAAUUUGAUGAUGAAGAAAUUGAUGACGAAGAAAUUGAUGACGAAGAAACUGAUGAUGAAGAAACUGAUGAUAAAGGUUUUCAAGAUAGUAAUAAAGAAAAAAAUGAAGAAUCUCAGAAUAAAUUUAUUAAGGUUCAAGGAAGGAAGAUGCACGAAUUUGAAAAAUGGUUAAUUGGGGAAGAUAUUAAAAAGAUUGAAGAGAGAAAAAAUCAUUGGUUAAAUAAUGAAGAAACGGAUUCAGAUGAUGAUGAAUUUAUCAAUGAAGAAUUACAAUUUGUAAAAAAUUAUGAAAAACCAAACACUGAUCGUUCUUUGAAUGAAUUAUUAGAGGAUUGUUCAAUUUGGAAAAUGUCAAAAAAAGAAAGACAAAAACUUCAUGAUUAUUGGCGUGCAAAACUUGAUGAAGAAAGAUUAUUGAAUUUACAAACUAAGCAUGAAGGAUGUCGUCAAGAGUUGAAUGAUAUUUAUGAUGAGGAACGCCGUCAAAUAUUAUUAAAUAGUGAUGUUAUUGGUAUGACAACAAGUGGUGCUGCUAAAUUACAAAAUUUAAUUAAAUAUAUUGAUCCUAAAAUCAUUAUUUGUGAAGAAGCUGGUGAAGUUUUAGAAGCUCAUAUUCUUAGUGCGUUAACUCCUUCUACUCAACAUUUAAUAUUAAUAGGGGAUCACAAUCAGCUUCGACCUAGUGUUUCAACAUAUUCUCUUAGUAUGGAAUCACAAAUAGGAGAAAUUUAUCAAUUGAAUAAAUCAUUAUUUGAAAGAUUUGUUGAUGGUAAUAAUGCAAUUACAAUUGAAAGAACUCGACUUUUAACUCAGAGACGUAUGAGAAAUGAAAUUUCUGAAUUAAUUAGUAGUACAAUUUAUGAUGAUCUAGAAGAUGGCGAAAACACUGCUAAAUAUCCAAAUAUAUGUGGAGCUCAGCAUAAUGUAUAUUUUAUCGAUCAUAAUCACCCAGAAGAUAGUUUUGGUGAUUCCGGGACACAAUCUCAUGUAAAUAUGCAUGAAGUUAAAAUGGUUGUAGAAAUGGUUAAAUAUUUUGUUAAAAAUGGAUAUACUAAACAUGAAGAUAUAGCAGUGCUUACUCCUUAUUCAGGACAAUUGAUCAAAAUCAAGGAUGCUUUAUCUAAAUCAUUUUUCGUUGAAAUUGAUGAGAGAGAUGCAGAGAAUAUUGCUGAUAUGGAGGGAGAAGAAAAUAAUACUUCAAAACCAUUAAAUCAACGAGUUAUUUUAAGAACUGUUGAUAACUUUCAGGGUGAAGAGGCAAAAAUAAUUAUCAUUUCAUUAGUUCGUAAUUGUUCUGGUAAUAAAUAUAGCUCUAUCGGAUUUCUUAAAAGCAAAAAUAGAAGUAACGUAUUAUUAUCACGUGCUAAGGAAGGAAUGUAUCUUAUUGGUAAUUCUAAGUUGAUGGCAUCAAAAUCUCUGGACAUGUGGGCUAAGGUAGUUGAUAUCUUACACAAGCGUGAUCCAUCACAAAUUGGUCCUGGUAUGCCAAUUGUAUGUAAACUACAUCCUGAUUGCAAAGAGGUUGUCACUAAACCCGAACAAUUUGCCGAAUUUUGUUCUCCAAAUGGUGGAUGCCGUAGUAUUUGUAAUAAGCUACUUUCUUGCAAACAUACAUGUGUUGAUAAAUGUCAUUUCAACGAUCGCGAUCAUAAGAAAUAUAAAUGUCGUAAGCCUUGUGAAAGAUUUAAAUGUGAUCAUAAAUGUCCAAAAUAUUGCUAUGAAGAUUGUGAAAAAUGUAAUGCUCCCAUUGAAAAUGUUAGAUUACCUUGUAGACAUUCAUUACCAAAGGUUGAAUGUUGGAGAGUUCAAGAUAACGUUAUGCCUAAAUGCUGUUUUCCAAUGGAUAUUAUAUUACCUGGCUGUGGGCACACAUUAAAAGAUGUUGAAUGUUGGAGAGUUCAAAAUGAUGAUCUACCUGAAUGUCGGUAUCCAAUUGAUAUUAAAUUACCUGACUGUGGACACACAUUACAAGAUGUUGAAUGUUGGAGAGUUCAAAAUGAUGAUCUACCUGAAUGUCGGUAUCCAAUUGAUAUUAAAUUACCUGACUGUGGACACACAUUACAAGAUGUUGAAUGUUGGAGAGCUCGAAACAAUGAUAUACCUGCAUGUAGAUCUCCAGUUGAUAUCCAAUUACUUUGUGGACAUACAUUAUAUAGUGCUGAAUGUUGGAGAAAUCAAAAUAGAGAAAAAAUUGAAUGUGAUGAACCUAUUGAUCUUAUAUUACCUGGUUGUGGACAUACAUUACCAAAAGCUAAAUGUUGUUUGGAUAAAGAUAAAGAAAGCAUCAAGUGUAAAACCUCUAUUAAUGUUACAUUAUCUUGCGGACAUACAUUACAAGAUGUUGAAUGUUGGAAAAAUAAACAUAGACAAUUACCUAAGUGUAGUGCUUCUACUAAUAUUACAUUGCCUUGUGGACAUAUAUUACAAAAUGUCGAAUGUCAUAAAAAUGAAAUCAAAGAAGAAAUCAAAUGUACCGCUCCUGAUGAUAUUGAAUUACCUUGUGGACAUAUAUUAGAAAAUGCUGAAUGCUGGCAAAAUAAAAAUAAAGAAAAAAUUAAAUGUAAUACUACUAAGGAUAUUACAUUACCUGUUUGCGGACAUCUAUUACAAAAUGUUGAAUGUUAUAGAGUUCAAAAUGAAGAGUCAUUUACAUGCAAGUUUCCGGUUGAUAUUGAAUCACCUGGUUGUGAUCAUACAUUAAAGAUUGAAUGCUGCAAAAAAGAUCAAAGUGAAAAUAUACCUAAAUGUAAUCAUCUUGUUAAGACUAAAUUACCUUGUGGACAUAUGUCAGGAUAUGUUGAUUGUUGGGAAAUUAAAGAGAAAGAAAUCAAAUGUAAUGCUUCUAUUGAUAUUAAGUUACCUUGUGGACAUACAUUACUAAAUGUUAAAUGUAGUCAAAAAGAAAUACCUAAAUGUAAUGUUAAUGUUGAUUUUGAAUUUCCAUGUGGACAUAAAUUAAAAAAUGUUGAAUGUUGGAGAAAAGAAUCACUCAAGUGUACGGAAAAAAUCCCAAAAAAAUUAUCAUGUUGUGAACACACUAUUAUCACUCAGUGUUCUAAGUCAGUUGAUAAUGUUCUAUGCAAAAAUAAAUGUGGAAAACAAUUAAAAUGUGGACAUGAUUGUUUAAAUAAAUGUCUUGGAUGUCAAAGACGGUCUAUGUCACAAAAUUUCAUAUUUAAAGACAAAAAAUUAGAAAUUAAAGAAGCAAUUCUUAUCAGGCGAACAAGACAUCAAAAGUGUAAGAUUACAUGUAAAAAGCUAUUAUAUUGUGGUCACAUGUGUAAAGAAGAUUGCCAUAUGGGUGAAUGUCGUCGGUCUUGUAAUGAUAAAUGUGCGGUAUCAUGUGAACAUACUAAAAAAGCAUGUAAUAAAGAAUGUUCAGAACCUUGUGCUGUGUGCGCAAAACAAUGUUCGUGGGAAUGUAAGCAUAAAGGAAAAUGCGAGUUAAGUUGUGGAAUUCCUUGUGAUAGAUUACCUUGUAAUGAAAGAUGUGAUAAAAAAUUGAGAUGUGGGCAUACAUGUGCUGGCGUUUGUGGUGAAAUUUGUCCUCCUUGUGCUAACGCUAAAUGUGCUCCCAAAGAAGUUAAAAAUCAAGUAUCGGAUAGAAUCAAUAAAACUACGUUUAGUAAGGUAGAUUGGAAUAAAGAAAGGAUGAUUUUUCUUUCUUGCGGCCAUAUAUAUACAAUGAAAUCUAUGGAUAAUCAUAUGGGAAUGAAAGAUUAUUAUGAAGGUUCGAUCGAUAGAGGAUGGACGUCAGUUAAAUUGCUUCCAACUUCAACAAGUGUAAAAACAUGUCCAGAAUGUCAAGCACCGAUCAAAGAUAUUAAAAGAUAUGGAAGAAUAAUUAAAAAAUGUACAUUGGAUAUUCAGAACAGGAAAUUUAUUACAAAAUAUGAUGGUGAAUUAAGAAAAAUUUCCAAACGUAUUAAUACAAUUUUUAACGAAAUGAACAAAAGUAGGAAUAAGUUAAAAAACGAAUUACCUAAUAAUCCUAAAUUAAAACCAAAAGAAAUAGUACUUAAAGAACAUAAUGUUGCAUAUAAAGGAUUAUCCGAAAUUACUCCUUACUAUUAUUUUGAAAGUAUUGCAUUAUAUCAUGGAUUUGAUGAUAAUAGCCAACAAGUUUGGCUUAGUCAUGUUGGUAAAUUAUUAAAAUGUUAUGAGGAAUUGAUUAACAUUAUUCAUUCCACAAAGAAAUCACCUCAUAAAAAAGCGUUUGAAGCAAGUUUAAAUAUAAAUGGAGGAUCUAAAGCUUUCUUAUCAAGAUUAGAUAAUAAAAUUCAUUUGAUUUAUUUAGAUGCGAUUCUUGAAAUAAUCAAUAUACAAAAAUCCUUACAAAAUGAAGUUUCAUUCAUAGUUAAAGAAAUAUCAAUAAAAGAAUCGAUAACCGUAGGAACAAAUGAUGGUAUAAGUAUUAAAGAAGUUUGGCAAAAUUUUGAUAGAAGGUUAAAAGAUUCUAUUCAAAAACAUCAAUGUCAUGGUAUAGAUAACAUCGAUAAUACAAUGAGAAGUCCCAAUUACAAUAACGCUGAAGAAGAAUUUAAGAAUAGUAUUUCAUAUAGAUUAGAUAAAUUAUGGAAUGAUAGUGAUUAAAUAGAAAUUACAAGUUCAUCAAACAUAAAGUGCAUUAAUAAUUUUAUCAAUUAACAAAUUCAUUUUAAUUUAGAAAAGAAAAAUUACAUUAUAUAGAACAAUAUAUUAAUUAAAAUCUUUUAUUUUUAUCGUAAUAAAACGCGUCUAUAUUGAUUGUUAUAACCAUUUAAGGUCUUAUAUAAUUAAGCAUAAUACAUAAUUUAAUCACGUUUGCGAGCAGGUAUGUUAUGUGUGUUUUCACCGCUUACUCUUGGGAUAAUAUUUUUUACUAAUAAAACACUCGCUAUAUGUUAUAUAGCAAAGAGUAGCGCCCUAAUAUUUUUAUUUCUUUUCGUUAACUAUUAUUAAUUCUUUAAAUAAAAUAUAAAACAUACUGUGUUUCAUCAUACAUUUCCCAAUUUUCAUAUUAACCCGCUAAAGAUUAAAAAGAAAACUUGGUUUUAGGAAAGAACUCAGUUGGGAAGAAGAAUCUGAUUAUAA